AUGGCAGGACAAUUUAUUGAUACAUUUUGGCGAAAAUCAUUUAUCGGAGAUUUACGUCGAGCUAGAAAAAUCUCUGAGAAUGAAAAUCAAUGGUCAUUAAUGUAUGACGGCAAAACUCAUCAAUUUCAAUAUGUUUGGUUACAAGGACUUUGUAUUAAGAUCGAUAAAAAUGCGGAUUUAAUGAUUAUUGAAGAUGCUACAGGGCAAGCUGAACUACAAAAAUGUUCUCGUGCCGUAGAUGCUUGGUCAACAAAUGAAGGUGAUUAUUUAAUGACUGCUGGAAAAUUACUUAAUACAAAUUCAUCUGAUCGUAUAAUUGUUGAUACAUAUAAAAUUCAAUGUUUUAAAACUCUAUCGAAACAAGAAAUUAAUUGGCCAUUUGAAGUAGUUGAUAUUAGUCAACGUGUUUAUCAUUACUAUUAG